GGAUCACAUGAUUGUCACGUGAUUAAAGUAUUAAGAAUAUACGAAAUAUUCCGAAUGUAUAUUUGUAAACAUUAUUUUUACCACAAAUGUGGAAACUUAUUUAAAUAACAUGAUUAGUGAAACAUGGAUCGAAGCAACAAAAAUGAUAGCGACCGAGGUAUUUCGGAGUCGGAUUCCGAAUCAGAAACAAAGCCAUUGCUUCUUGGAUCACCAGUUGGAGCAGACGCAUCGGCUAACAUGUCUGAAAAAGGAAAGGAUGCUGUGGCUGUUCAAUUUGCCGAUGAUGUCGGGCGUGAACCUUCUAAAAGCGGAGGUAAAAUUACAGGAGAAAGGCUUUUCGUGGUCGCAAGUAUCUUGGUUACAGAAUUGUGUGAACGGUUGACAUAUUACAGUGUUGUGGCAAAUAUGGUCUUGUUUUGUACGUCGGAGCUAAAUUUCUCCAGCGAUGAUGCUUCCGUGGUCACUCUUGUAUUUUCAGGAACAGUGUAUUUGAUUCCAGUUAUUGGAGGAUAUGUUGCAGAUUCACUGGCUGGAAAAUACAACACGAUUCUUGGAUCUGGUCUUAUUUAUGUCCUAGGCCUGUUCCUCCUUCCUGCAUCCGCUGUGGACUAUAGAAAAUGGUUUGGAGGUGAAGAGGACCUCAGCAUUGAAGCUAGGAAAGGAUAUUUUUUCAGUGGAUUGGUGCUGGUUGCCAUAGGAACAGGAGGAAUUAAGGCCAAUGUAGGGCCAUUUGGAGCUCAACAGGUUGAUGACCUAGGAUCAGAUGCAGUCCAAUCAUUCUUCAAUUGGUUUUAUUGGUUUAUCAAUGCUGGAGCUGUGGUUGCCUAUUCAGGGGUGGCGUAUGUACAACAAGAAGUGGGAUUUGAUUUCGGGUUCCUGAUCCCACUUCUUAGCAUGAUCAUAGCCAUUGUCAUCUUUAUGUUUGCCAAACCCAAGUACAAACAUACACCAAUCGGAGGUAGUAUUCUUACAUCAUCAUUCAAAGUAUGUUGUCAGAGCAUUAAUGGAUGUAAUGAUCCAUCAUGGAGUCAUGCCCACAAGGAUCAUGGUGGUUCGUACAGUAAAGAAAUGAUUGAAGGGGUGAAGGCAGUACUACGGGUCAUUCCUGUCUUUAUUCUAGUCAUUGUAUACUGGGCUGUCUAUUCUCAGAUGAGUACAUCACUAUUUUUACAAAGUGAGAGGAUGAACAUAUCAGUGGGGGAUGCCAAGCUUCCAGCAGCCAUGUUAAACAUCUUUAACACGUUAAUUAUCCUCAUACUUAUACCAAUCAUGGACAGAAUUGUGUACCCCCUUCUAGCUAAAUAUGGAAAAAGUCCUACACAUUUACAGAGGAUUGGUAUUGGCAUGGUGCUAGCUGCUUUAGCCAUGUUGUAUGCUGGAAUGAUGGAAAUUAUUCGUAAGAAUGACAUCAGGGAUAAUGGCUAUAUAACACAGACACUAUCCAAGGAUGAAUUUAAUGCCUCCAAAUUAACCAUGUUUGCACAGAUUCCUGAAUUUGCUUUCAUUGGUUCUAGUGAGGUUUUUGCUAGUAUCUCAGGUCUUGAGUUUGCUUACACACAGGCACCUCAGUUCAUGCAGGGACUUAUCAUGGGGCUGUUCUUGAUGACCUCAGGGUUGGGAAGUUAUUUGGCAUCAUUAAUUGUUGCUAUUGUUGGUGCCUGGAGAAAGGAUGAAGCAUCCGAUUGGUUUCCAAAAGAGCCGAAUAACGGGCACUUGGAAUACCUUCUGUUCUUAUUGGCUGCAUUAACCUUCAUAAACCUGUUUAUAUUCAUCUUCGUGGCAAAAUGGUACAAGUAUAAGAAACCAGACUUUGAGACAGAAGCAGAGAUUCCGGUUAACCCUGAGGAUGUUCAUGUGUACGAAAACAAUUCAUAUCAUGAUAACGAGAAAAAACCGUUGUCGGAAUAUUCUGAAACAUCGAAGUUAUAAAACAUUUUAUCGUAAAACAUCAAUGACAGAUUUUCGUGGGAGCAGUAUUUUGUUGUUCAUGUGUACAAAUAAAUUCGUAUUUGCUGCUACAACUUGAUCCUGGUAGUUGAAACAGAAUAUAUAAAGCACUCUUUUGUUGGGUUAUUGAAACAAGCUUUUGCUGUUUUGGUGUUUAAUGUAGCUGAUCUUGUUGCGGAUACCUUACAUGCCACAAUGUUUAAAGAUUUAUCUUAUUGGUUUCUAUAUGUAGGAAAUAUGUGAAAUGUUAAAUAUCUGUUGGUACAAAAAAUAAUGUAGCAUAUGAUUAUGGCAAGAGAAAUGGGAGACAAAUGGUAAAUGUGUUUUUGACAGUUCAAAUGCAUUCCAGUUAUGUAUUUUUCAACUUUUGAUGAAAAAGAUCCUUUAUUUUAAUCACAUUUUUGUUUACUCCUUUAUAGGGAAUAUUAAAUAAACUUAUGAACAAGGUAAAUAACAUAGUAUUUAUCAAAUACCUUGAAACAACAGAGGAAAAUAUAUGUUGGUCAAGGAUUGAGCCUAAUCAGUGACAAAGCUAUUAGGCUCAUUUGCAUAUUUGCAUAUUUUUUACAAAGUCGCAAAAGUAGCAAAGGUAUGUGAUUUCAGGGUUGGAAGUCACUUCCAUCUGUUAGUGUGCCAUUGAAAUUUUUAUAAAUAAAUGUUCAUUUUAUACUUAAGAAAGUUAUUUUUCUAUUUUUAUUGUUUAUUCCAUUGAUAAUGCAUACAAUGUGUAAAUUUUAAUUUGUAAUAUUAUUUGGACACCAACUACAGAUUAUUUUAAUAGCAUUUUCAUGCAAUUCUUAUCAAGCAUUCUCAUAAUUCUUAUGCAAAUCAUUGAAUAUGUUGGUUUGUUUUUAAUGCUAAGUUUUGAAGUGCAUAGGAAAUAGUUCUAUAUGUAAACUAUAACUGAUACUAUGUACUAAGAAGAAAUUGACUAAAAUAUAAUUAGUGUAAAUGCAAUACUGUGAUGCCUGUUUUAGUAAAUAUACAUUGUAUGAUAAAAGUAUAUGCAUGCUAAUUACUAAUAACCAGAAAAUAGAUUCUGUACAAUAUUAUAGUUUUAAUAAAUUGCAUAAUGUUUUUUUUUCUAAUUCUAUCUUAUCGCUGCUUUAGCAAAGGCAUACAUAAAAUUUGUUAGAAAUUGUAGAUGCAUAUCAUUAGGUUUGGCUUAUUAUAAUGUGUGUUUUCUUCCUAUCUUUGUGUUAUAUGAAGCACAUGUAUAUAUAGUUAAGUGUAAUUUGUUAAGUGUAUAUUAUUAAGUGAAUAUUGUUAUGUGUCUAUUGUUAAGUGUAUAUCUACAGUUGUUGUUUAAAUAUGUUACUUUUGAUAAAUACAUUUUAAUUGUGUUAUUGUCCUUUUUAGCAGCAGAAUUUCUGUUUAUUAAACUUUUAUCAUUCUUUAA